AGUAAAAAAAACAGUCACACAGCAGCUGGACUUUGGUCUCGGAUCUAUCGAAUUUGACAUGGUACGCGGUAACUUACAUAAAUUCGGGAAGGAGGGCUCUCUCUGGACUUUCAGACUGAGCAAAAAUGGAUACUCGGUCUUUGCAAGACUUUCAGGACUUAUGCACUUUUGAUGUUUUUAAGAGUUUUGGACACUACUACGGGUACGGCGUUGAUCAGCAGGCUCUGAUAGAUCAGGAAUUUAAACGGAUUAAAGGGGUUACAUAUCUCGAUCAUGCAGGGACAACGUUAUUUCCUGAAUCCCUUAUUAAAGGAUUUCAUGAUGAUAUAUCCAGGAAUGUUUAUGGAAAUCCUCACAGUCAUAAUUCCAGCAGUAGACUAACACACGACACUGUGGAAAGUGUCAGAUACAAGUGCUCCUGUUUCCCCCACAAGUCCGAAGACAUGUGGUACAGGUGAAUUGGGAUCCUGGCACAUUUUAAUACAAGUCCUGAAGAUUACUCAGUGAUUUUCACAUCAGGAUGUACUGCAGCACUGAAAUUAGUGGCUGACACCUUUCCCUGGAAGCCCAUGUCAAACAAAGAGCCAGGAAGCCAGUUCUGCUACCUCACUGACAACCACACGUCUGUGGUGGGCAUCCGUGGUGCGACCGCACUUCAGGGAGUUGGCACAAUUUCUGUUUCACCUCGCGAAGUGGAAACAAGAGCAAGAAAAAAGACACAAACAAAUGGAGAAGAGGAGUGCUCUACACCUCAUCUUUUCUGUUAUCCUGCCCAGAGUAACUUCUCUGGCAGGAAGUAUUCACUGAGUUAUGUGAAGGGAAUUCAGUCUCAACAGCUCUAUCCAGCAUGUGAACACCACGGUCAAUGGUUUGUCCUCCUCGAUGCUGCCUGUUUUGUAAGCUGCUCACCUCUGGAUUUAAGCCAGUAUCCUGCUGAUUUUGUGCCAAUAUCUUUCUACAAAAUGUUUGGUUUCCCGACUGGACUCGGAGCCUUGCUGGUGAGGAAUGAGGCUGCUGAGGUAUUGAGAAAAACGUAUUUUGGAGGAGGAACCGCAGCAGCGUAUCUUGUGGAAGAGAACUAUUUCAUACCAAAGCCCAAUUUGGCCAGCAGGUUUGAAGAUGGCACAAUCUCGUUCUUGGACAUCAUUUCUCUUCAUCAUGGUUUUGAAACUCUUCAAAAACUAACAGGAAGUAUGACGAACAUUCAGCUACACACAUUUGGUUUAGCUCGCUACACAUAUACUGUCCUUUCGUGCCUGUGUCACAGCAAUGGAAAACAUGUGGCACAGAUUUACUGUGAUAAUGACUUUCAGAGUAUUGCCGAACAGGGUGCAAUCAUCAACUUUAGCCUGCUAGACUGUCAUGGACGAACAGUAGGAUAUUCUCAGGUGGACAAAAUGGCUAGUCUCUUUAACAUUCAUAUCCGCACAGGCUGUUUCUGCAACACUGGAGCCUGCCAACAUUAUCUGGCUAUCAGCAACCAAAACGUGAAGAGUAAUUUGCAUGCCGGACACAUCUGUGGAGACAACAUUGAUCUGGUUGACGGACGUCCCACAGGAUCCCUCCGUGUGUCUUUCGGGUAUAUGUCCAGUUUUGAGGACUGUCAGAACUUUCUUCGAUUUGUUGUGAACUGUUUUGUAGACAAACCCCUAAUCCUGGACCAAACAAAGCUAGCCAAGCUGAAUUCAGCUGCACCAAUAGAACCGUCAUCGUCUUUUCAUCUGACAUCAAUACCCAGUGACCAACAAAGACAUGCGAAUGGCCAAAUUAACUCCCCUUCACCUGACAGGAUGGCCGUAUCUGAAGUCACCAUGUCAAAAGAUGGAAAGAAGGAUGGCAGCAGCUGUACGCUAACCAAUCUUUUUAUCUUUCCUGUCAAAUCAUGCGCAUCAUUUGAGGUGACAGAGUGGCCACUGGGACCACAGGGUUUGUUAUAUGAUCGUUUGUGGAUGGUUGUGAAUGAGAAUGGAGUGUGUCUCAGCCAGAAAAGGGAGCCAAAACUGUGUCUUAUCCAACCUGUCGUCUGUCUGGCAGCUAACACACUGAAGCUGCAGAUCUCAGGCUCUGAAGCAAUCACUGUUCCCUUGGAUCCCAGUCUAGAAAAGUCAGAUCUGAGAACAUCCCAAAGCAAAGUUUGUGGUGACAGGGUACAGACAGUGGACUGUGGGGAGGAAGUUUCAGCCUGGCUUUCUGAGUUUCUUGGAAAACCUUGUCGUCUUAUAAGGCAAAGACCAGAAUUUUUGCGUGAUAUGAAAUUUGGACAAGGAAAAGGUGACUGUUGUCCUACUCCUCUGUCUCUGGUGAAUGAGGCUCAGUUUCUGCUUAUUAACAGAGCCAGUGUGUGUUUUCUACAAGAAGCCAUUGCCAACAGACAUGACAGUGAUAAUGAAGAGACUUGGAGAGACACAGAGCAGCUUGUUCAGCGUUUCAGGGCCAAUCUUGUCAUCUCUGCACAGGAACCAUUUGCAGAGGAUAACUGGUCUCACCUUACAAUAGGAAACACACAGUUUCAGGUGAUUGGGAAAUGUGGCCGCUGUCAGAUGAUUGGAGUUGAUCAAAAAACAGCCACUAGGACCCAAGAACCCCUUAGGUCUCUUUCUGAAUGCAGAAGUGGAAAGGUGACUUUUGGAGUUUACUUGGCUCACCAAUCAGCAAGGAACUCCACUCACCCUGUUUUAUCUAUAGGCAGUCAUGUUAUUCCAAAGAUAUCUGAUUCGACAGAUAAAUUUUAGAGUUUUUUUUUUGUUUUGUUAGUUUCAUAUCUAAUCGGUGCUUACAGCCUCAUUUUAUAUAUUUUUAAUAAGAGUAUUUUGUUAUAUGUUUGCAUAUCAUUUGCUAUUUAAAAAAAAAACUUUAAACAUUUAACAUGAAUAAUGACUUGCAUAUAAUAGUUGUGAAUUUUAAAAAGGUGUAAUAUAAAUAAACAAAUUCCCAUUAUAACAGUUUAAAACUUUGAUCAUUAAAGUUCCAUAACUGCUGUGAUUAUUAGCUUGAGGAAAUGCGGAAAGUUUCCUGCGCAGAACAUUUCCUCAGUGAUUAUCAUGCAGUCUCCUUGCAGAGGAUGAUUACAUAUUUAGAACAAAUGCAUGUGGGUUUUGUCUAGUUUAAAAAAAAAAAAGCAUGACAUGAAG